AUGGCGCUGCUGCGUUUUAGUUUGACGAUACUAUGUUUGAGCGCGUGCGCUUCAGCGAUCGUGGGGCCCGUUGCAAACGGAACGAGUAAAUCCACGAAGACCGACACCUAUUUGGACGCCUACUCGAAAUCCCGCGUAGAAGCUGAAAAGGCCAAACAAGGGGUGAUAAUAAUAACGGCGAAGGACGGCGAAACGAAGAUAUCGAAUCGGGACGACAGUUAUCAAUCUGUGUACGACUACUCGCCGCCAUAUUCUAACGGCGACAGCAACAAUGGUUUCAGUUCGUCCGGCUCGAGUUACUCGGCGCCAUCCGCGUCUAACAGCUACCUUCCGCCCUCUAGCUACGGGCCGCCCGUGAAGUUCGAAUCAGACAGCAGCUAUAACGCUCCUUCGAAUACCUAUGGACCUCCGUCAUCAAGUUACGGACCACCGUCCUCGAGUUACGGGCCACCGUCCUCAAGUUACGGCCCACCAGCCCAUACGUACGGUCCCCCUGCACCCACUUACGGGCCACCGUCCUAUUCUUACGGACCACCAAGUCACAAGCCUCCUCCCCAAAUUUACGGCCCUCCUCUGAAGCCUUCAUACGGUGUUCCCUACACUGCACCGGGCCUCGGUUUCCUAGACAAACUGUCGUUGAAACUGGACAUACUGACUAUCGCCAAGUUGAUGCUGAAGUUCCUCAUAUUCAAGAAGAUCGUAACCAUGAUUGCGGUAGUGUGCAUGCUGCUUGUGAUACCGAAAUUGAUUUCAUUCAAAAAAGAUGACGGUGGGAAUGGCAACGCCAACGAUGAAGAUGAUCGCCAAUUUGGACACACCAACGUUAUAGAGUUGACAUCAGCGCACCAGUUGUUGGAAAGAGCUAUUGCAGUCUACGGCCGUCAGCAACCUGGCUGCGGUAUCACGUGCCGCGUACGCAGAGUCAUCGACGAUCUGUACGAGUUUCAACCUUAUUUCAGCUUGAAAAGCGGCGCGAAAAAUGGAUGCUCUAUUAAGCCCAUUGUGGAGGAAUGGGCUAGUCUGGCGAUGAGUCAAGUGCAGGAGCAGCGGCCUGGAACGCGCUACCUCACUACGGAGUCCGCACGUGGUGUUGCCACACGUGUGAGCCGCAACACCAUUCUUCCAACUAUGCUCGGGUGUGCGCGUGCCUUUAUGGGC